AUGUUUUCCUCCCUCAUCAAUUUGAUAUCCCUAGCAGCACUCACGCACAUCACCUCAGCCUCGCCAACUACCAGAAGUGCCCUCGACGUAUCAACAGCGACCAUCAGCGCUCACGAUGCUUUACCUGGCUCCGUAGUCCCUGCAGUUGGUCUCGCAGCCCCACUCCCAAUACCCGGAACAGACCUAAGAGUCAAAAUCACCCUCCCGGAACACCACGAACCCAUCGACCGCUCCGCUCUGUCCCUACUCCUCGGAAGUUUCAUAGAGCAUCUCGAACAUCUGGGUACCACGGUAAUGUUCGCACCCGAGGUCUGGAAGAGUAGCAAUUCCAGACUUGUGAUUGUUCUGCGUCCGAGGACGGACGUCGGGCCUUACAUGAUUAUGUAUAGCGAGGCUGCGAAGGUAGUCCAGGUUUUGAAGAGGCAGGUGGAUGGGGGCCAAGUGGAAAGUGAUUUUCAGUUUAAGAUUAUGAAUGAAGGGUUUGCGAGUGUGAUCGCGACGGGAGAGCUGAGUGCAGACGACGGUGUUGUUGUUCCGGCUAGCGAUGCGGGCGUGGAAAGUAGUUAG